CUAAACUAGUGUGCGGUUGGGUUAAAAAGACAUCAUAUUUUGAUCCUUAUAUUUCGCCUAUUUGAAUCAAAUAUCGCCAAAGAAAAUUGGAAACUGACUGACAAGAUGAUAAAACUCCUGAUUUUGUUGAUGGCUUUGAGCAGUUGGCUCACUUUGGGCUUGCCUUCAAAUGGUAUGAUUCAGCAAGAUUCCGGCAAGAAGGGUGAUGAGGAUAUUCUCAAUCACUCCAUCUGUAGCCAUCUCAGAGAAAAAGAUAUGUGCAAGAGAAGCCAUCACGUUAAGAAAAAACUGUGUAAAGCCACAUGUGGUUGUGAUGACAUGAUCUCACAGAAAUCGUGUAUCGUCCUGAAAAGAUCCAAUGAAUGCUCCAAAAACUUGGCAAUGCGCAUGCGUUAUUGCAAGUCGACAUGUGGAUUGUGUUCGCACUGCACUGCAACAGCACUUGGGAUGCAGAGUAGAGCCAUUCCUGACUCAAGCAUCACCGCAUCUACGUAUCAUGCYAAGGGCUAUGAACCACAACWAGSACGACUUCACAUUARGUCWUCYCGUGGYAAGKMUGGAUCAUGGGCUGCAAAAACGYCACGAGCCGGAGAMUGGCUCCAAGUCGAUUUGGGCAAGGUUACCAGAGUUCAAGGUGUCGCAACCCAAGGUCGAUACGAUGAUAACCAAUGGGUGARAAGCUACACCCUGCAAUACAGCAACAAUGGCAAAACCUUCAAGAAAUACCAGGGAGGAAAAGUGUUCAAAGGAAACAGUGACAGACACACCGUUGUCAAGCAUAAUCUAAAUCCCCCGAUUUAUGCCAGGUACAUCAGGGUAGUAGCCAAGACAUG